AUGUUACCCGCUCGGCCGCAGCACUCCUUGUACCGCCGGAGCCGCAGCACUCCUUACAGAUGGCUCGAGGUAUCGUGCGGAAAAACGUCCACUACACCCCAAAGUUGUAGUCAUGCAGGUUUGCAUCUACAGGAAGCUCUUGCGCAUCCUUAUGAGAGGUAUUUUUAGACAUUUCUCAACAGCAUUUGUGACGCUGUAUUGAACAGGAUGAGCUGCUGGCUUCGUGCUGAAGAUGCGGCUGUCCUUAUUAAUCUGAACUCUAAUACGUCGGGUAGAAACUUGUUAUGCAUGACUCCCAAAACUGUCAAAUUUGUGUUGUUGGAUACUUUAUUCCAACUUGACUUUGGGGUGGGGACGUUUUUACACAGCAUGCGAGACCGGUCCCGAGGCCAGGUUUGGCUGCUAUGCCGAGGGCGCGUGGGCUCCGGACGAUCAGCUUGUGAACGUUCUCUCGAAGCCGCAACUCACGCUAGCCCAGCAGUUUACGGCAGUGAUUGGAGACCACUUGAACCCGACUCUGCGAGCUUGUUUCAACGUGUUCGAUAUCAAAUGCAAAUAUGUUUAUUGGGUCUGGAACAAUGCAAGGCUGUCGUGCUUGCCUGGCAUGACUGAAGAGCUUGUGUUGAUGCGUUUCCAAGAAGAAGGGAGAGCGACAGAGACCCAUUUGCUUGUCAUAAAAAUAAGACGCAGUUUGUCAUGCGGAAAGCGCAACACGGCUGCUCUGCCGAGUAUUUCUCAUGGUUGGGGGCUGUGCAUGACAACAAUCAAGAGCACUCACCAUUCACGACUCAGCAUUUACAAGUUUCCAGACCCAGACACAUUUGCAAUGCAUAUUCGAAAACUACGUUUUUCGUAAGUCUUUCGCCAACCCACACACGAUUAGCGAAAUCAGGUAUCCUUCCGCCGUCGGCCCUGCUGCGGAUGAUAUUAAUCAUGUUCCGACCACGACACAGCAGGUGGAGCAGCACUCGACAAAACGCGAUUUUCUGUAUGAGCAGCUGGAUUUCGAGGACGACAAGUACAUGGUUGGGAGCGUGGUUCUCUCUACUCCUUCCGAGACAGAGCUUCGAAGACACGGGCAGCAAGUACUAGACUCUGAGACGACCACAACUUCCGGUGCACGACCUACUGCUUCGAAUAAAUCCAUGCGACUCAGAGCUACGGUGGACGUGCCUGAGGAUUUUUAUCAAGCGUUUCGUGAUGAGGGCGCUGCGGUGCCUGUCUUGCCGAUGUACCGGGAUCACGGGCCCCGGUCGCGGCAACCACUCUCCAACGGCUAUCACACAGAAAAAAGCUACUAGCGGGGCGUAUUUGCAAUGCAAAAUAAAUUGAAUAGGCAAACGAAACACAUCAAUGGGCACCAGAGGGCCCAUAGCAUAAUUGCGCGGAGGUUUCUGUGCGAGAGAGACCAGAAAAGCUUUCACGUAUGGAUAAAUUUACGUUUGUACUAAUAGUACAAAAAUGCCCUGCUAGCUUUGUUUUUCUCUGGGAUACCGGCCAAAUUGUUUCCGUAGGAGAGCAGUCGUUUUCGGGUAGCGGGACGUCUGCGAGGUUGUCUUGCGAGGCGAGUUUGAACCCACACCUGAACACAAGGACUGACAUAGCACAUCCCUGGGUGAGUGUCGAGUUGGUCUUGACGACUGGUAUUAACUGAAGGCGGUGGUGGUCUUGACCACGACUCGUGCUUCUAAGUUGCAUCUUAAAUCAGUCGUGACUAGUUCAAGUACAGACGAAAAGUGCGUUGCACUUCUACAAGUUUCGCACCUAGUUAUGAGCAAGCGGAUCUACGGAAAAGAGAUGAACCGGUGUCGCACAUAUUAGUACGACAUGAAUUACUUCGGGCAAAUCAAUAUUUUACGUUUAUUUUUUUUUGCUCGGCGAUGUAGCACGAAUCAAACAAAUCCACCAUAAUUAAUUUAACAAAUCGCUGCCAUUUCGAUGGGAGGAGACAAAGAAGAAAACAGCAGCUGGCCAGUGAUCAACAUGUUCACGACUUUGAUUUCUAUGCAACCGAGCAGUGGCUUUUAGUACCUCAAGCUCGCUCAAAGUAACUCUCAGGCCGCAUUUCUGUUGCGCGCCACAGCCACUACUACAAAGAAAACUUUAAAAAAGAAAGAAAAGUUAACUUUUUUUAAUUUCUACUUAGGACGAGUACGAGAUGUCAAGAGAUGUUUUUUUACAUAAAAGUGCUCUGCAUGUUGAGUUUUCAAACUUUGUUAACUUGCGGAGAGCAAAUACGGAUAGGCUCUACCACGUAUUUGCAUAAGCUGGAGAGGAUCUUGUUCCGUGUAUGAUUGAAUGGAAAAACAAUGCUGCAAAUGUGUGCCUUAUGCUUUCAUCCGCUUGCUAGGUGAAGGAUGUUGUUCAGAUUGGCAUUGGCCUUCACUCGUGUAAGAUUAUGAAUAAAGUAAGUAAGUGAAUUUGAGUAGCAAGCACAGACAUUUUUAAAAAGCGAU